AUAUCUUCCAUGUCAUUAGAACUCCUCAGAAUCAUUGAUUGGCUGUACAGGUUACAAGUACAUCCCUAUAAGGAAACGGGAAACAUGUCGAUAUGCGGAUUCCAGGGAUCAUCGACGAUAAACAUGGAUUUAGAAGUGACUGACUCAAUGUGCCACUAUCGUUGUGGUCAUUUGGCGAUGACUUACACUGGACUCUGUAUAUUGCUGGCCCUGGGCGACGACCUGUCCAGGCUAAACAGGAAAGCUAUCGUCGAAGGAGUAAAGGCGUUACAGACAGUUGAAGGCAACUUCGCGGCGACGUUGUCGGGCUGCGAGUCGGACAUGCGCUUCGUGUACUGCGCCGCGUGCAUCAGCUACAUACUCAACGACUGGUCCGGCUUCGACAUAGAGAAAGCCACAGAUUAUAUAUUGAGGUCAAUUAAUUACGACUACGGCAUCGCACAAUGUCCCGAAUUAGAGUCCCACGGCGGCACAACAUUCUGUGCACUGGCAACACUCGCGCUCACCGACCAAAUGCACAGACUAUCCGACCAACAAGUGGAAGGUCUGAAACGCUGGCUCUUGUUCCGACAAAUCGACGGGUUUCAGGGUAGACCGAACAAACCAGUCGACACGUGUUACAGUUUCUGGGUAGGUGCUUCGUUGAAAAUAUUAGACGCGUUACAAUAUUCGAACUAUGGUAGCAACAGACGGUACGUAUACGAAACUCAGGAUAGCGUUGUGGGCGGCUUUUCAAAAUGGCCCGACACCUGCACGGAUCCAAUGCACACAUAUUUAGGUUUAGCCGGCUUAAGUCUUAUCGGUGAGAAUGGUCUGCUAGAAAUUGAGCCCACAUUGAAUAUUACCAAGCGGGCUCAUACGCAUCUGAAAAGCCUCCACCAGCAAUGGGCCGAGUCAUAGCUCAGUAAGGCUUUAUGAUUUACCUCGUUUCACAAAGAUUAACGUUUAGUUUACAUAUUUAUUAACGGGUACGAGUUGGUGCUUUGAGUGUGUUAGUCGAAAUUGUUCCAGUGUCGGUGACCGUUUUACCAUCUCGAUAAUGAAUAUUGUUUUUGUAUACAACGCGUUUUAUCCCCUCUUAGGUAGGCGGAGGCGCAACCUCUGCACUCAAUUUUCGCCGCGUGUACUUCCAUUUUAUGUUGUGAUAGUGGCGAGCCUAUCGCCAUAUUCUGCACAAAUUCCUGACUCCAGUCUUAUACUGGGCAGAAAAUCUAAUAUCACUUUUCCCGGUCCAGGAUUCGAUUCCAAGACCUCAGAUCGGUAGUGGUAUCGAGUACGCGAUACAACUACGCCACUGAGGCAGUCAGGCAUUAUUAUUGUAGACUUCGAUCGGUCGUAAAACUAUGCCAAAUAUUUUUACAAUGUACGUAUAGGUCGGAUUUCAUAUACCGUCGACUUUAUAUUGGGCCGGGUUAAACUAUUUUGUUAUUAUUGUAUCGAAUGGAACUGCUAUACAAUUAAAUACCACAAAAUACGGUCAUCGAACAGUGCUGUGCGCGUACCAAAGUGCGUAUCCUAAGUUAAUAGUUACCCACUGUAAACUAUUUUAGUUUCGAAAUGUUUAUACAAAAAUAAAUUAUAUGGCAUAAUUUUGAAUUGAACUUUUUAGUACUUAGCAUAUUUUCUAUGAAUAAAUAGGUGCUAGCUAGGUAAUUUUUACCUAACCGUAUGAAAUAAGCAACAACGAUUUAUAUAUUUUUCUUCUAUUGUGUAGUACAAUAAUGAAGUGUCGUGCCAUGUGGGUAGCUCUAAAUGUACUGUGUUGCUAGUUGAAAAAUAUAAUUUAUAUCCACCAGUGGCGAAGGGAGAAAUUUUACAAAGGGAACCUGACAAUACUAUAAAGGUACUAAUAUGUAUAAAAGCGGUCUGCAAAUCGUUCUAAUGACAAUUGCAGAUUUCAUGCUAGUUACGAAAGGCAAGUCGGUAGGAUUCGGGUUAUUUGGACGCUUCGGCACUGUUUUAAAAUAGUUUUUUCCAUUAACAAAUCUUGAGUAUAAAUGAUCACAUUUGACAAAGAGGCUCAUGUCCUAUGUUAGGAGGCAUCCUAUCGUAUGGAUAGAUAGAAAAUCCUAUCUUUAAUCCUAUGGCCAGAUACUUUAACCCGUCGUCAAAAAAAAAUCAUAUUCCCUAUUUAUCCCCACCGAUAACGAUAAUUAAGUUAUUUUUAUUUUUAUUUUGUAACAGUUAUGUAUGUUCAAGUACUCCCCUUCAAGCUUGCCAUGGAUCAUAUUAGGAAAUUUAUGUAUUUAAAAAUCAAGUCUUCCUUUUUAAUUAUGCCGAAUUUGACCAAAAGGUGAAGGUUAUUUUCGAUUGUAUUUUACUACUAGCAACACUCGGCAGUGAGUCUGGGUCAGUAGUUAGACGUGUAUCAAAUUAUUGCACAAAUUAUAAAUAUAAUCAUAAGGCAUUUUUUAAGAAAAAUAGAAACAGGUUUUGAUUACGCCUUUUUAUAUUUUUUUGUAUUGAAUUGUGUAUUUUUAUUAUAUUGUAGCUGCGCCAAACUUGACUUAAUUGGGGUAUGAAUGAAAUUCUCACUCAGUAGAAAAAAACAUAACAUAUUAUUAAGCUCCAUAAGUCGAAGUUGAUUGAUUAAAAUGCUUUUGUUUAGUACUCAGGCGAAUAAUGUAACACCUCAUAAUAGAACAACAUAUUUUUAUUUUACUGAAAAUCUAUGGAGGGUGUAGGAAAGGAGCAUCAUCUUGUAUGGAGGACAAGUUGAAAAAGUGUUUAGCGCUAAGCUGCUAAUUAUAACUCAAAAAUCCACCACAACAGCGCUAGCGUAGCAAGCGGGUAUGAUUUUGGCGUCACCUUAAUUUGGUGCUAUUCGACGGAUACUCUUUCAUACACAAGAAGGUUGGUUCUCUUUGUUUCUACCCUCCAUAU